CUGUAUCCGAGCUUUAUUGCAGCCAAGCAGCCUUGGCACGGAGCAAACUCAAUAUCGCGUACACCUGGCAUCAGAAUCUUUAGCCCCUGACUGACAAUUUUAGCGGUUGCUGACAUACUUAGGCGAUUAGUCCCUUAGCUCUCUCGACGAGCUCGGCUAUGGCAGACGAUCACAUACAGCCGUAUAAGUCCCCGGCUCUGGCAGACGAUUUAUUUGAUUCGAUCUCGCCUCCCCCACCUACGCGAUGCCGUGUAGUUAUCGAUCCGUCGCUCUUAACGCGGACGCAGCUCUCCCAGGGCCUCAGCCACAGCCUGAUCGCGCUGCCACGUGGCAUCACCACCGUCAGCCAGCUGGCGAGCCACGUGGUCGAAUCGUUUGGGCUGAAGGCUUCGUGCAAAGCGGGAGUGGCCCUACAGGUGGACGGAUUCGUGCUGCCAGCGUGGCAGCCUCUCUCUGUGGUGGGCCGCAAUGACGUCAUCAGGGUAUGCCGAAUCAACCGCAAGCUACCGCUUACGCCACACACUGAAUCCACUCCUCAGCACCGCACUCCACUGCUCGCGCAGCACCCAGCCUAUGCCUCUCCUCAGUUUCAUGCCCUUCCCGUUGCGAACUACCCUCCCCCGGAUCCCACCUCCCCGUUCCCAGCCCUGGGGUGGGUGGUACCUGGGGGCGGUGAGAAGGCGGUUUCUGGGGGAGGUGAGGACGGGAGAAGUGAGGGAGAAAAGAGGAGUGGUAAGGAAAAGAAGAGAGGAAAGAAGCGGAAGGAGGAGGGAAGGAGGGACGAGGAGGGGAAGGAAACUGCAGUGGAGAAAGAUUUGAUCGACUCA